AUGGCCCUACUCAUGAAUGCCGCAGAGCUCCUGUCGAGACUUCCCACUAUACCAUCUUCGAACUCUGAUCUAGAUGAACAUGAGGACCAUAAAGCGGUCCUGCAGGAUGCUCCGUCAGUGAUAGCCGAUCCGGAGGACGAGCCGAUUCUUCGUAAUGCUCCAUCCGUUCAGGCCGAGCCGAAUAAUGAGGACAAUGGGUUGUUCGUGCCUGAUGCUCCAUCCACCCAAGGUGAUUCGGAUGGCCAUGAGGACAAUGAAUUCAUAGCCAUGCAGGAGGAGAGAUACCCAGUGGCCGACACAAGCCCUCCUCCUUCUCCUCAACCAAGUCCCGAUCUGUUUGGGACUCCCACAGUAGCUGCACCCGCCGUCUCUUCUUCUUUUACCUCCCAUGACGAAUUCACCCGAUCACAGAUUGCUGACCAGCCCCGCCUGUCUUGGAACUGGAGGAACCAAGGCAAAGAUAGAACAAUUUAUACGCCCACUAUAGUCGGCAAAUGGUGGUAUCGCACCUCGUUCGAGCUAGAGCGUCUUCCUAAGGACAAACGCCGCAGCUUUGGACAUAUCGGCCGAAUUAUGGAAACUGAGCUUGGGAAGCAGCGAUUCGGUGACGCGCGCUGUGAGAGGUGCAGGACUAACGCUCAAGAGUGUUGGGUCUAUUCAAAGGAGGGCGCAGCACAAGUGUGCCGCCCAGGCGAAGCUUGCACCAGGUGCCGACUCAUCCCUCAAGUCGGUGGGUGCAGCUUGUCGACGCAACUCCCAUCUACAAAAGGCAGCUCGUCUUCGCUACAAUCAGGCGGGCCAGUCCGGUCAGCCCACUCAUUCCGGUGGUUGCUUCCGAUGCCUUAUCCGCCCCGUUCACAAGGGUUGGACUCGCAGGGGAAUCGGGUGUAA